AGUGGGGGGCAAUAGGCGUGAGCCACGGAAUCGGCCCGAAAAGGGCAACUAUCUCCGAGCACUGGUCUACUCUCUCGUACGGCCGGAACCGGAAAACGAGUCCCCGUUCGAGCAUGCUGCCGCAUCUAUCAGCCCGGCCGGUUGUGACCACGUGACAAUUAUCCGCGAAUCCCCAGUUGCCACGUCAUCACGACGUCAUCGAGACGCCAAGGCGACGAGAUAAUCGCUGUGCACGUAACCGAAGUAACGAAUAUGGCGGCGAUAAGUAAGACCAUGCCUUUCAGUACAAUCGAAGAAAGUGUAUUAUCUUCUUGUGAAGAAACUGACAGCGAAGAUGACUCUAGUAGCAGUUUUGAUAGCAGUAGUAGCAGUAGCAGCAGUAGCACUAAUAACAACAGUAGCAACAGUGACAGUGAUUCAGAUGAUAUUACUAGUACCAAUAGUAACAAAAAGAAGAAAGGAAAUAAAGCUAGCAUAACAAAAAAGAAAAGACUAAUAGAAAACGAAUUUAAUGAUCUUCCACCAAUAGAAGAUUUAAAGAUCAGUGUUCCGGAAGUCUCGUGUGACCUUCUGGGCGAGGUUGAUAAGAUAGUGCAACAAUUGGUAAUUGUAAAACCGAAUUCCAGUAAGCCUACGCUCCACAUCGAUACAGUUUUAUUUCUAGAGAAAGGAGAAAGAGCGCUCGGCAAAAUAUUAGAUGUGUUUGGCCCUGUAAGCGAACCAAACUACUGCAUUUGCUUCAAUAGCCCUGAACAUGUACAGGAAAGCAAUAUUAAAGUGGGCAUGUCGGUUUAUUAUUGUCCAAAUACACAAUACACAUCAUUGAUCUUUCUACACGAGUUACACAAAAUGAAAAGUUAUGACGCGGUGGUCGAUGACGAGCCGGUAUUUUCGGACGACGAGGAAGAGCGAGCUUACUAUGAGAUGCUGAAGCAGAAAAAUAACAAAGACAGCUCCAAUGGCAGCACAUCACGGAAACGGCAAUGUAUAUCGAGUUUUACUCAAGAUAAGCCAACAGCUGAAUGGCAAUCAAAUCAUCCAUGGAACAGAAAUGCCCAAUUUCAGAGGAACCAGAUUAGGGGGCAACAAACAUUGAGAAAUAACGAUCAUUUUAAUCUAUCACAGUAUGGACCAUAUUCCUAUAACUAUUCUUGGGUACAAAAUCAAUAUCAAAAUAACAUGCGUUGGCCGCCUGUUCCAAGAAAUAUGCAUCCUAUGUUCAACAGACCAAACGCGGAGUACGGGCCACUGAUUAAUGAAACAGGUUUGCCGCAAUAUGGCAAUUACAAUUCGAAUAGCUCUGGUGACAGGAAACAACAUUUUCAAGGUGCUACACCGAAUUCUCAAUGCAAUAACAUGCAACCCCGAUAUUCUAGAAUUCCGUUCGGUGCUCCUCCGAGAUUUAAUCCUAUGUUCCCUCCUUCCUUACCAAUGAGCUAUCCUAAACUUCCCAACGCAUCAUUUUCAUACAUAGAUAUGUCUUAUCCGAUUUCUGUGCAAUCCCAUACGAAUGCACUUUGGCCGCCUUUACCGCCUCCUCCACCUCCUUCGACAGAUUCGACGACCGUUGAUUAAAAUUCUACUUGAAUUUAAUUUAAGUAGUAUUAUUUUUAUAUUCUUUGUACAUUCGCAUAAGCUUAGAUCAAUUUCUAAAUGAUUGUGAAUAAAAGAAGAGGUUAUAUAUAGAUAUUCUGUGAUAAACAUGGAAAUAAAAAUAAUAAUUAAAUUU